AUGGCCGUCAACCUGCAUCGGAAACUCCAAUCGCACGGAGCCCGUCUUACUUUUUCAAAUCGCACCAUUUGUAAGGGCGCAACACUGGAAGAAGCCGGUGCUACAGCAAAGAAGAACAUAGUAGAGGUGGCGCAAGUAUGCGACGACAUCUUCACUAUGGUAUCAGCGGACGCCGUUCUUCUGUCGCUUAUUGAGGAGCUCCUGGCCAGCGGCAUCGACUUGACGGACAAGACAUUUAUCGACUGCUCCACGAUCCACCCCGACACGGCGUUGGCCGUGUCAGAAACCUUGCGAAAGGCCGGCGCCAACUUUGUCGCCGCCCCGGUUUUCGGGGCAAAUCCGGUCGCUCAGGCCGGGAGGCUGAUAUUUGCCAUGGCCGGGCCCCGAACCACCGUCGAGCGUCUUGAGCCGCUCAUCAUCGACGUCAUGGGACGAAAAAUUAUCAACAUGGGUGAAGAUGUCAAGAAGUCUCCGAUGCUGAAGGUGACGGGAAACGUGCUUCUUGUGGUCUUUCUCGAGGCCAUUGCCGAGGCCCAGGUCCUGGCCGAGCAAAACGGUAUCGGCACCGAUGUGAUGGAAGAUCUGAUCUUUGAGAACUUUGGGCCUGUUUUGGGCAGCUACUCGCGACGGCUGACCAGUGGUUCUUGGGCCCCCAAAGAGGGGACAGCUGGGUUCCUUGUGUCGAAUACGAUCAAGGAUGCGAAUCAUGCGCUUAGGGUAGCGAACGGCCUCGGAGUCAGGAUGCCGGCGCUCGACAUCGCGACCAACAACAUGCUAAGUGCGAGAGCAUACGGGGGCGAGAAUCUCGAUGGGGCCGCGCUCUAUGGGACGCUCAGGUCGCAGGCCGGACUCCCAUUUUGGUCGGAGAAUAGCCGACAAGGGUAA